UCAUUUAAUUCUGCGAAUUUAUUAUAUUAUUAUAGAUUCACUUGAAACUUCUAGCAUCUGAAAUAUUAUUUUGGUUUCUAUAAAUAAAGAAUAGUAGGUAAUGUGAGUGAUAAGUAAUGCGUGUUCUACUGAGACCAAUAACUAUAUUUAGAAAAGCGACGCAAUUCAAUAGAAGUAUUCAGUUAAGACAUCCAUUUACAACAGCAUUGAUUUGGAGAGCAAUGGAAGAUAAAGACUCCUUGAAGAAACGACUCACACCUCUGCAAUACCAUGUCACACAAGAAGCAGGAACUGAAAGACCCUUUACAGGAUGCUACAAUAAAUUUUAUGAAGAAGGUGUUUAUGUAUGUAUAGUGUGUCGCCAAGAAUUAUUUACUUCUAAAACAAAAUAUGACUCUGGAUGUGGGUGGCCUGCUUUCAAUGAUGUACUUGCUAAGGAAAAAGUAACAUUACAUCAAGAUACAAGUGCAGUUGGGGCAAAUAUAUUACUGGUUUUAACACGACCAGGUAUGGUGCGAACUGAGGUGAGAUGCUCCAAGUGCUCAGCUCAUCUAGGACACGUAUUCAAUGAUGGGCCGGCGCCCACGAAGAAACGUUUCUGUAUAAAUUCAGCAUCAUUGGACUUUAUUGCAGCUGAGGAUCGGAAAGAUUAACAGAUAUUUCUAUUUAACUCUAAUAUCUAUUGAUGAGAAGUAAUAGAUGUGAUAACUUUAUCAACGUAACUGCAUAUUUAAAAAAAUACUUAAUUUUAUAAUUUAUUUUGUUUUUUAGUUGCUAGACACUUACAUGAUGGUGUUAAACUAUGUAACACCAUUUCUCAGUUAAUAUAUUAUAUACAUAUUAUUAUAAAGCCUAUAUACAUAUUAUGUAUAAAGGCGGUUUGUAGCAUUCAAUAUAAAUUAGUCAAAAUAGCAAAGUGAAGUGGUUUAAUUUUAUAUUCUACUAUGCAGAUCUAUGAAAAAAUAUAACUUAUACAAAUUGUAUAUUAAAUUUUAUAAUCCGAUGGUGCUUCAAAUUAACAUCUCGGUUAAUCGUCAGCUUAUGUAUUAUUUUCGUAUUGGUUAAUUAACGGUAAUCUACACCAAUUUGAGUGUCUCUUUGUAAUAUUUAACCACUUAUUCCUAAAUGCUUGAUGUAUCAAAAUAGUUUUAUUUUUCAUUUGUCUGCUUUUUCGGGCUAAUCUCUGGAAAAGAGCGAUUUUGACUCGAAUUUCACUGGCAGAUAGCGGAUGUAAUAGUUUUAUACUCAAACUCAACAUGUGUACUAUCGCAUGUUGAGUUGAGUCCAUUAUUUAUUACUACUAUAGUUUCUCCUUUUUCUGAAAUUCCAUAGAAUAAAUUCCUAACUUUGAAAAGAUCAGCUCUUAGAAACAAAGGUCUAUAUUUUACAUAAAUACUAGAUGUACUAUAUUUUAUUGAAUAAAUAUUAUACUGUAUCUUUGUAUAUAUACAAUUAACGUUUAGUUACCAAACUCAAGUCAUUGUAAUUUAUUAUAAAUUGUGAGCUUUUAUUUAUUAACUCUCGUUGUAAAUAAAUAAAAAAAGAUAUAUAAACUGAUAUCGGCUGCAGUUCAUUUGUCAUAUUAUUUGAACGUAUGCGCGGGCGAUCUAUCGCACGCCAAGUCCUUUAUUGUACGAAAUGACAAACGAACUGCUGUAAGUGAUUUACAAUGAGGGGUAACAAUACCAAGUAAUUGAAUAUUUUAAGUACAAGUUGUUGUAUUAUAAUCCAAUGAUUUUGUGACUUCUGAUGAAAUAAAUAUUUUUGUAAAUAGAA